ACCACUAGACAUCCGACCCACAGACCCUGAGCAGCUCUCCGUCCUGCGCAAGCGCUCGAGGCCCAGACACCGGAAGUGCAGGGGCGUGGCUAACUGCUGCAGCCUGCCGGCUCCGACCCGGAGGCUGGGGGCGCGCGCAAGUGCGCGCUCGUUCGCGCGGCCUGCAGCGUACAGUAGUGACGGCCGCGCGGGAGGGGUCACGUGACCACAGAAGCUGCUUGUACAGUAAGAACCCAAUAUGGCAGCGGCGGUAGCAGUGGCAGCGGCAGCAGGACCGGCCACCCCGUAGAGCCCCCUACCCCCGCCACUGCGCGCCUCCGCGACCGCUUCCUCGCUGAGUUGCUUCUCCGGUCGGACUUCCCCUUUCUCCCACCUUUCCUGGCACCGCGGGAAAAGCAGUGCAGGGCGCAGCAGGCGAGGGAACGCAGCCGGAGCCGGGGCACGGAAGCCUCCCAGUCAGUUCAAGAACCGACAUGAGGGAAAAGGGCCGUAGGAAGAAGGGCAGGACCUGGGCGGAGGCCGCCAAGACGGUCUUAGAAAAAUACCCUAAUACACCCAUGAGUCAUAAAGAAAUUCUUCAGGUUAUCCAGAGAGAAGGACUGAAAGAAAUCAGUAGUGGGACUUCCCCUCUUGCAUGCUUGAAUGCAAUGCUGCAUACAAACUCCCGAGGAGAAGAAGGCAUCUUCUAUAAAGUUCCAGGUAGAAUGGGCGUGUAUACUUUGAAGAAAGAUGUGCCAGAUGGAGUGAAAGAGCUGUCAGAAGGUUCAGAAGAAAGCAGUGAUGGUCAGUCAGAUUCUCAGAGCUCUGAGAACAGCAGCAGCAGUGAUGGUGGCAGCAACAAAGAAGGGAGAAAGAGCAGGUGGAAAAGGAAAGUAUCAUCUAGACUGUCACAUCCAUCCUCUCCCCAGUCAGGCUGCCCAUCACCCACAAUUCCAGCAAGUAAAGUCAUUUCUCCAUCACAGAAGCACAGCAAAAAGGCAUUAAAACAGGCCCUGAAGCAGCAACAGCAGAAGAAGAAGCAGCAGCAAUGCAGACCAAGCAUGUCCAUCUCCAAUCAACACCUCUCUCUCAAGACUGUCAAAGCAGCCAGCGACUCUGUACCUGCCAAACCUGCCCUAUGGGAAGGAAAGCAAUCUGAUGGACAGUCAAGCAGUCCCCAGAACUCAAAUUCCAGCUUUUCUUCCUCAGUGAAAGUGGAAAGUUCUCUGCUAGGCUUGGGGAAGAAGUCUUUCCAGAGGUCUGACAGACUCCACACAAGACAAAUGAAAAGGACUAAGUGUGCUGACAUUGAUGUUGAGACCCCCGAUUCCAUUCUGGUUAAUACUAAUCUUCGAGCACUGAUCAACAAGCACACCUUCUCAGUUCUUCCUGGGGACUGCCAGCAGCGCCUGCUUUUGUUGCUUCCAGAGGUGGAUCGACAGGUUGGUCCAGAUGGCUUGAUGAAGUUGAAUGGCUCAGCCCUUAACAAUGAGUUCUUCACUUCUGCAGCCCAGGGCUGGAAGGAAAGGCUCUCAGAAGGUGAAUUUACCCCUGAAAUGCAGGUGAGAAUUCGACAGGAGAUUGAGAAGGAGAAGAAAGUAGAGCUGUGGAAGGAACAAUUCUUUGAAAAUUACUAUGGUCAGAGUUCUGGCCUAAGCCUUGAAGAUUCACAGAAACUGACAGCUUCCCCAAGUGAUCCCAAAGCAAAGAAAACCCCAGCUGAGCAACCAAAAUCCAUACUUCCUUCCGAGGCCUCUCCUGUCAGCAUCGUCCCAGUAGUUCCUCAGUCCGACUGUAAAGAAGAAGCAGUGCAGAUACCAUCACCAUUCAAAAAUGAAGAAAAUCAAGAUGAGGCAAGGCCAAACUCCCAAUCCCCAGAACCUGCUCUUGCAUCACCUAACAAUACAAAUGAGCUUAUCACCAUGAAACCUAUCAAGAGCCCUAAGGAUGAGGGUCUCUUAGAGCAGAAGCCUGUUGCCUCUGCUGAAGAAGAAUCUGAGAAAGAAAAUCAUGUAACCUCAAGUUCUAGUAAUAACAAAAGUGAGAACCAAGAAGCGUUCGCUAUAUCCCCAAGCAAAUCUAACAAUGCUGCGUUAGAAAAAUCCAUAAUAAAGCCCGGUGCAGAAGCCAGCCCACUGAACCCUGAUAUGAAGAUGCCUCCAGCAACUGUUACUGAUCAGAUCCAAGAAAGUCUCAAGAGGAAAUCUUCUCUUACCCAAGAAGAGGCCACUAGCAGCUGGGAGAAAAGACCACGCAUCACUGAGAAUUGCCAGCACCAGCAGCCAUUUCAGGUCUCCCCACAGCCUUUUCUUAAUAGAGGGGACAGGGUCCAAGUGCGAAAAGUCCCACCUCUCAAGAUCCCUGUCUCCAGAAUCUCCCCGAUGCUGUUUUCUACAUCACAGGUCUCUCCCAGGGCUCGUUUUCCAAUCUCCAUCACUAGUCCUUACAGAACAGGAGCCAGAACUCUGGCAGACAUCAAAGCAAAAGCCCAGUUGGUCAAAGCACAAAAGGCAGCAGCCGCAGCAGCUGCUGCAGCUGCUGCAGCCGCCUCAGUUGGAGGGACCAUUCCGGGACCUGGCCCUGGGGGUGGACAAAGUCCAAAAGAGGGUGGUGAAAGGAAAAUUGCUGGAGGAGGGAGUGCAGGCUCAGACCCAGUCAGUACAAAUGGAAAAGGUCCCACAGUGGAACUGGCCGGAACUGGAAGCAGGGGAGGUACGAGAGAACUUUUACCCUGUGGUCCUCAACCUGAGACCAAUACGCCAGGCCAAGCACAGCCUCCUGGUGUCUCUGGAGCACAACUACAGCAAACCUCCUCAGUGCCUACAGGACUUGCCAGCAGUGGAGCAUGCACAAGUGUCCCAUUACCAACCCACAUAGAAAUAUCAAACAGUGAAAAACCAAACCUCCACAAGGCAACAGCCACACCAGCCUCUCCUUGCCACUCGCAAGACCCUAGGAGUUGCAGACUUGAGAAGGCUCUGUCUCCAACAGGGCCUCCUCUGAUCUCAGGAGCCUCAACUGUUUAUUUUGUAGCUGAUGGCACAGUUGAGCCCAAAGCAGGUUCUAAUAAGAAUGCACCAAAGCCUUCAGCCUUAGCAAAGACAACUGCUCCUGCUCCACUAGAUAUGACUUCCUCUCCUGUGACAUCUUUAUUGACAACAGCCAGUUUAGAAAAACUCCCUGUACCCCAGAUCAGUGGAACUGCAACAUCUACUGGAUCAGCUCCAUCCUCAAGCACUUUGCCAGGAGCUUCUAGCCUUAAAACCCCAGGAACUUCUGCAAAUAUGAAUGGACCCAUUUCAAGAACAAGUUCUAGUAUCCCUGCUAAUAAUCCUUUAGUUACUCAGCUGCUCCAGGGCAAAGAUGUUCCCUUGGAGCAAAUUCUGCCUAAACCUCUCACCAAAAUUGAAAUGAAAACAGUUCCCCUGACUACAAAAGAGGAAAAGGGGAUAGGGAUAUUCCCUGGUACCAGUGUAAUGGAAAGUAGCAGCAGAGAGGAAGUUAAUGGCAGGCAGGCCCAUCUGGCUAUCCCGCAGCUGGGGAAACCCUUGCAAAGUAAACAGCUUUCCCAGGUUCCAAGGCCAGUUUUCACUGCUAAGGACCGGAAGGACCCCUGCAUUGACACUCACCAGUACCGAGAAGGUCUAAGUAAAACAACGCAAGAUCAGCUCCUUCAGACUCUUAUCCAGAGGGCUCAGAGACAGAGUGUUCUUUCAUUUGUACCACCCUCUCAGUUCAACUUUGCUCACUCAGGUUUCCACUUGGAAGACAUCUCCACAAGUCAGAAGUUCAUGCUGGGUUUUGCUGGCAGAAGGACAUCCAAGCCUGCAAUGGCAGGUCACUAUUUACUUAAUAUUUCCACCUAUGGCAGGGGUACAGAGAACAUUAAAAGGACCCAUUCUGUAAAUCCUGAUGAUCGAUUUUGUCUAAGUAGUCCCACUGAGGCCCUGAGAAUGGGACAUGCAGAUUGUAAAAACACAACUGGAGAAAUCAGUAGCAGCAAAGAAGAUGAAAGUGAUGAAGAUCGAGUAGGUGGCGAACAGGAGCCUAUUUCAGUGAAGGAGGAGCCAUGGGCUUCCCAGAGUUCUGGCAAGCAUCCGUACCAUGGGGAAGCUCCAUCUACCAAUGAUUGUUUAGCUAGCAAGAAUGGUAAGACUGAGGCACCAGUGAGUGAGCAAACCACUUUAGGCAAGGAGAAUUACAUAUUCUCUAGAGGCCAAACAUUUGAUGAAAAGACCCUGCCCAGAGAUUUUAUUCCGGCAGCACAUAAACAGGUGACUCAUGCUGUGAGAGGUAAGACAGUGUGUAGCAGCCCUGAGCUUUUCAAUUCUACUGCUCUUUCUCUCCCUGCAGACAGUCCCACACAUCAGCCUCUACUCAUUCCACCACUGCAAACACCCAAAUUGUAUGGAAGCCCCACACAGAUAGGGCCAAGCUAUAGAGGCAUGAUCAAUGUCUCCACCUCAUCAGACAUGGACCAUAACUCUGCUAUACCAGGCAGCCAGGUAUCUAGCAAUGUAGGGGAUGUCAUGUCGUUUUCAGUGACUGUCACUACCAUCCCUGCCAGUCAAGCAAUGAAUCCCAGCAGCCAUGGCCAGACAAUUCCUGUUCAGACUUUUCCUGACGACAAUAGUAUCGAGGACACACCAUCAAAAUGUUACUGCCGGUUGAAAGCCAUGAUCAUGUGCAAAGGAUGUGGAGCUUUCUGCCAUGAUGAUUGCAUUGGCCCCUCCAAACUCUGUGUCUCCUGCCUUGUUGUUCGGUAAUAAGACUGUAGCGUAUGUAAAGGAGGGAAGGGUAGGCUUAAAAAGUCAUGUUCUUGCACCCUUUUUAAAUCAUAGAAAUAAAGUUUCAGUUGUCUCAAGAGACAUUAAUCAGGAAUACAGAAUGCAGGUCUUCACAUUUACAGGAAGAGCACCUUGUAUAGUAGGUCUGAGUCAAAUAGGACUGAAUUGGUGACAAAGUUUGCACUUACAAAAUCAUGUAAAUAUGUCACAUUUUGUUUUAACAUUGUUUUCCAAGUAUUUAGGUAAUGAUGUAUUAACUUUACAUUCAGAUUUAUGUUCCAUUUCUUUUGACUCUGAGAAAAGUUGAAUGGUGAAAGGAAGCUGUCCGCCUCUGACCUUUCCCCAGGCUAUGAAAAGGAAAGUGAGGGAGUGAGCAUAGUGCUGAUUGUGUCUUCACAGACUGGCUCAGGUUCUUCACAAGUAAGAUGGCCUUUGUGGGAUUUAGACUCGGGGUUUGCUCAUCCCUUUACUUUAGGUGGAACUAUUUUCAGUGGUAUUUUCAAAGGUAUUAACAGCACAGACAGUGUUUUUGAGCCUGACAGCCCUGGCUUAGCUUUUGACUUUCAUAAAUCAGUACUGUUGUGAAAAGCAGAGCUCUGCUGUUGAGACGAUUCUGUUUCUAAGGGACUCCUGUGGUAGACUAGUAUAUACAUGGCAGUAGUUCAGCAAUAAUACAUCCCAACAUUGCAUCAAUCAUGGGCUCCCACCAUGUGUGUAUGUGUGUGCACGCGUGCGUGAGAAUACUGUAUGAUGUUGGAAAGGGAUGAAAUUGAAACUGAAACUUCACGGAAUUUGGAAGAAUGGUUUUAACAUGGGACAGAAAAUAGUCUUUUCCUAUUCUCUCAAUCCAUUUUUAGGUAGAAAGGGUCUUAAGUGAUACUUAUGCUUUGGCAUCCAGAGCAUCAGAGAUGAAUGCAGCUACCCUGUGCCACCCACACGCAGUGCAAGAAGACAGUUUGCUGUUUUAGAAAGUGAGUGAUUCUACGACCUCGCUGUCAGGCCAGCUGGGAUGCUCACUGUGAAAGGGCCUUGUGAGUGACUAAUGGAAUAUAUGGCUGUGAGAUUAUGCUGUUUUUCUUUCCUUUUGAUUUUUUUUUUUAAAUCCUCCCAGUACUCCAGAGGCAGAGACAGACCAGUCUCUGAGUUCAAAGCCAGCCUGAUCUUCAUAAUGAGCUCCAGACAACCAGGGCUAUCUAAGAAGCCCUGUCUCCAAACAAAAAUAAACAAACAAACAAGCAAACCUAAAUAAAUAAAAGAAGUAAAAAAAAAAAAAGAAAAGAAAACACACAAGGAGCUGGAGAGGUGGCUCGGUGGUUACGAGCACUGACUGCUCUUCCAGAGAUUCUGAGUUCAAUUCCCAGCAACCACAUGGUGGCUCACAACCAUCUGUAAUGGGAUCCGGUGCCCUCUUCUGGUGUGUCUGAAGACAGUGACAGUGUGCUCACAUAAAUAAAAUAAAGAAAUCUUU